AUGACUAACAUUCAAAAUUUAAAUAAUAACCAAUUAGAAGAAGAAUUUGCUUUAAUUAAUCCGCAACAGGAAUUAACCGAAAGUGAAAAAAAUAUCAUUAAACAAUUGCCGGAAAUAAUUUUUGCUAUAAAUAAUUAUUUUACUUCGUUAGAUAGCCUUUAUUUAAAAAAAGCCGAAGAGUUAUUUGCUGAGUUCAGCAAAAAUGAUUUAUCAAUCGAAGCCAAUCCUAAUUUAAAUGAGGGCAUAACACAAGAAGAAAGUAGCAAUACUCAGAGAAUUGUCAACAGUUUUAAACAUUCCAUUGAAAUUUGUAAAAAAUUAGAGACAGAAAAAAAUAAAAAUGUAGGAUUAGACCAAAAAAUUCAGCAAUUAGAGGAAGAAAAAA